AUGUCGAUCGCGGCCUCUGGCGCCGCAGACGACGAGACGCCAAAAUACCGCGGCUUGCGCAUAUUCUCUCACUUUGGUCUGCCAAAAGCACCUGGGCACCAGAUCAAGGGCGACAUCCACCCUGCAAUCAUUCGACUUGGGCUGUUGUUCUCCGAGUUCAAGAUCUCUGGCGCGAACGCGAGAUGUAUAGCUACGCUUACGGCCUUCAAGGCGGUCAUCCAGGACUACCAUACGCCUGCUCACAACACCCUAUCCCGCCACCUCAUGACCCACCUUUCGCCUCAAAUCACCCACCUCGUCUCUGCAAGGCCCAUGAGCGUCACUAUGGGCAACGCGAUUCGCCAGCUCAAGCUCGAGAUCAGCGGCUCCGACAUCGACUUGCCCGAGCAGGAUGCCAAAGACGCAUUAUGCGCAAGAAUCGACGACUACAUUCGUGAACGCAUCAUCACCGCGGACGAGGUCAUUGAGGAUAUUGCGGGCAAGAAAAUCAAGGACGGCGACGUUAUUCUAGUCUACGCAAGAUCAUCUGUCGUCGAGAAGGUCCUUUUGCAUGCGCACGAAGAGGGCAAGAAACUCUCGGUCGUCGUUGUUGACUCGCGUCCUCUGCUCGAAGGAAAAUUCCUUCUCCGCACGCUCACCGCGGCAGGGAUACAGUGCACCUACACACUCCUUCCCGCACUACCUUCCGUGCUUACCGAGGCAUCAAUGGUCCUCCUCGGUGCCCACUCCCUGCACUCGAACGGAGCUGUGUACUCACGGGCAGGCACCGCUAUGGUUGCCAUGCUGGCGAAGCAGUACGGCAUCCCCGUCGUCGUCUGUUGCGAGACGUACAAGUUCAGUGAGGGCCUGAUGCUCGAUGGCUUCGGCAAGAAUGAGCUGGCUCCGCCCAAAUUCUCCCAAUCCGCCACCGGCACAACCGCGACCCUUGAGGUCCUCGAGCCGCUGUAUGACCUCACGCCACCGACCUGUGUGACGGCGGUAGUAACGGAGGUCGGGCUUAUCCCGCCAAGCAGUAUCAGCUCGAUCCCACUCGCGAUGGGGCGAUCGACGCUCUGA